CAGGGACGCCCCUUGUGGGUCAUGUGACUGUGUGUUUACAGUUGCCCGUGUUUAGGGCACGCGGAUGGCCCGGAACCUGACUCGUGCCUGCUGUGUAUUGGGGCGGUCUGGUGCGAUACAAGGGAUCCCAGGCUCGCGGAUGGACACACUAAUCACGGGGGCACUGGGUGUGAUGAAGCGUGCGCUGCAGUCCUCCGCCUGCCCGGCGUCGAGCCUCCGGUCUCUGCGCUUUGAUAACCGGGCGCUGCGCUGUCUGCCCGUGGAGCCCGGAGACGGGCAGGAUGAGGACGCGGUGAGGUCCCGGCAGGUCCCGGGGGCCUGCUUCUCGCCAGUGCGCCCCACACCGGUGCAGAACCCCAUGGUGGUGGCGCUGUCCCAGCCCGCACUGGCCUUGCUCGGUCUGCAGCUCGGGGAGGAAGAGGAGGAAGACGCUGCCGAGUACUUCUGCGGCAACCAGCUGUUCCCUGGCUCCAGGCCGGCCGCCCACUGCUACUGCGGCCACCAGUUCGGGAGCUUCGCUGGACAGUUGGGGGACGGAGCGGCCAUGUACCUGGGGGAAGUGUUAAACCCGACCGGGGAGCGCUGGGAGAUCCAGCUGAAGGGAGCCGGACUCACCCCCUACUCUAGACAAGCAGAUGGUAGAAAAGUGUUGCGUUCCAGCAUAAGAGAGUUCCUCUGCAGUGAAGCCAUGUUCCACCUUGGAAUACCAAGCACGAGGGCGGCUUCUUGUGUUACCUCAGACUCCACUGUCAUCAGAGAUAUCUACUACGAUGGGAACCCCAGGAGAGAGAAAUGCACAGUAGUGUUGCGCAUUGCCCCCACAUUUCUAAGGUUUGGAUCUUUUGAGAUCUUCAAGCCAGUAGAUGAGUUUACAGGUCGGCAGGGUCCUAGUAUCAACAGAAACGAUAUCCGGAUCCAAAUGUUGGAUUAUGCGAUCAGCACGUUCUAUCCAGACAUACAGGAGAAGUAUGCAGCGAGGACAGCAGAGAGAAAUGCUGCCUUCUUCACAGAGGUAACAAGAAGAACUGCAAGGCUGGUUGCUGAGUGGCAGUGUGUUGGAUUCUGCCAUGGUGUAUUAAAUACUGACAACAUGAGCAUUGUUGGUCUUACUAUUGAUUAUGGACCCUUUGGUUUCUUGGAUAGGUAUGACCCUGAUAACAUUUGUAAUGGCUCUGAUAAUAUGGGACGCUAUGCCUACAACAAACAGCCAGAGAUCUGUAAGUGGAAUUUGGGGAAGUUUGCUGAGGCUCUGGUUCCAGAACUGCCCUUAGACAUUAGUCAGAAAAUAAUUGAAGAGGAAUAUGAUGUAGAAUUCCAAAGAUGGUACAUGCAAAAAAUGAGGAAGAAACUGGGUCUAAUUCAGCUUGAGCUUGAAGAGGACAGCAAACUGAUCUCAGAUUUGUUAGACACCAUGAGCCUUACAGGCUCGGAUUUUACAAAUACUUUCCGGAUCCUCAGCAAAUUUUCUGGAGAAGCUACUGACAUUGGUGGAUUUUUGAACACCAUUGCUGAACAGUGUGCUACCUUGGAAGAAUUAAAAGUUGCUUUCCGACCUAAAAUGGACCCAAGGCAGCUUUCGAUGAUGCUGAUGCUAGCACAGAGCAAUCCUCAGUUAUUUGCAUUAAUUGGCUCUAAGGCCAACAUAAGCAAGGAGCUGGAACGUAUAGAACAGUUUGAAAAACUUGAUAAGUCCAGUUCUGAAGACCUACUGAGUGAUAACAAGAGACACUGGGAAGAGUGGCUUACAAAAUACAGUGUCCGCUUGGAGAAAGAACAAUCAAAUAUUGGGCAUGAAGACACUCUACAGUCUGAGCGGGAGAAGAUUAUGAAUUUAAACAACCCAGCAUACAUCUUGAGAAACUAUAUUGCUCAGAAUGCCAUAGACUCUGCAGAGAAGGGAGAUUUUUCUGAGGUCAGACGAGUACUGAAAAUGUUGGAACAUCCAUAUGAAGAGGCAUCCUUCCAUGAGGUUCCAGAUGUACCAUCAGAAGAAGGGUUGGAAGAAGUGGGUAAUGCCAUCUGCGGACCAUCAAACAUCUCCAAGAUUCCCUACAAUAGCCGCCCUCCACUUUGGGCAACAGAGCUCUGUGUCACCUGAUCUUCAUAAAGGCCUUGUUCUACUUUAUUCACAGCUUAAGAAAAUGGAUGUUCUUUGGCUUUAAAUAAGGUCAACAAGGCUAUAUAAUAAGUGCUCUUAGGUUUUCAAAAGUACAUUUGGAUGGUUAAAAAAAAUAAAAAUAAAACACUUAUUUUGAGUGUAUAAAUAAUAUCCAAAUGUAGUUUGUGCAUGAAGGCAAAAUAUAAAUUCAGGAAGCUGAUAUAUUUUGGCCCGAUUUUUACCUACUAGUACUUGCAAAAUGUGCACAGCUUUCCAACUUGCAUUUUACUUAGCCAUUUACAGGCUAAAGCUGGGUACACACUCAAUCACUAAGUACCUAGCCAAUAUCCUGGCCUGACAUCAGAAACUGGGUACACAGUGAGUGAUGUUAAUAAAGGCUGGAACGAUCAUGUUCAGUCUUUAUUUAGCAUACUACAGGACGCUAGCAGUAUCGUCUGCUUUGAUGUGCAGCACAUCAAAACUGACUACGUCAUUAGCGAUCACGGGCACCUGCAUAUCAAGAACACACACUGCCCGAUAUGCACCGUUGUGAGUGAUAUGUCUGUCCAAUUCACCGGAUCGGCCAUCAUACCGCUUAGUGUGUACCCAGCUUUCAGUAACAUUACAUUACACAUAACAUUAAGUUAUGAGACAAUCGGUUUCAAGCUGGGCAGAUCAAUAACGUGUUAGCAAAUAGCCGGUGUUCUGGAACAACUUGCUUUGUUCUACGGUGUUCAAAUUGAUCUCAUAAUUUAAUGUAACAAUACUUUGUAAAGAGGAUAAUUGUAUGUGCAAUAAAAUAAUUAUGAAUUAA